UGGCAGAACAGGUGGAUAUGUCGUGGACGGAGAUGCUACCGGAACCACUGUGCUCGCUUCCUCCGGACCAAGCCGCCAAUGUGGUGUGUAUGGUGGCGGCGUAUCCGCUGGCGCUGGUGGCCGAGCCGCUGGCGAGCAGCGUGGCUAAGGCGACAGGAGCGGGCAUGGCCAAGGCACGGAUGGGAGUGGGAUCUGGCAUCGGACUGGCAUUCUGUCUUCUUGCGCUGGGAGUGAGGGGCAUGGCCGCGUUGUUUACUCCGCUAGCAGGCGCAUGGCUCCUGCUGACUACCCUGCCCAAGGCCUACGUCCAUCUCGGCGUCCUUGUCUUUAUGCUCACAGCGCUCAGCUGCGCCCAUGCGUGGCGGAUGUACACAGAUCCGUACGGGUGGACGCUCGACUUUACCGGCCCGCUGAUGAUUGCCACUGUCAAGGUGACGUCAAUGGCGUUCUCCGUGGCCGAUGGGGUCAACAAGCCAUGGGCGGUUCUCGACAGCGACGGGCACAAGAUCGGGCGCGGAUACGCGGCAGUCCUCCGGUCGUGGCAGGCGCUUGCCCUGGACGCACCGCCGACGCUGGAAGAGUACAUCUCGUUUCUGCUGUACUUUCCGGUGGUCCUUGCUGGGCCUGUAGUCGACAUGCGGGCGUAUCUGCAGUUGGUUCGUUGCGGGCCCCAGGCCUCGCUGGCCGCCCGCAGCUGGGAGGCUGUCAAGCGGCUCGGUCUUGCGAUUGGGUGCUACGGCGUCUUUGUUCUCCUCUCGGAGCACUUUCCGCAAUCGCUGUACUUUGAUCCGGCCUUUAUCGGAGAGCACUCGCUCGGCUACCGGGCGCUGUACAUGUACCUGGCCCAGACCGGGCUGCGGUUCCGGUAUUACUUUGCCUUUGCGCUCGCUGAGGGCGCUUGCCGUGGUGCUGGGCUCGUGGCGGUGACCAAUGUCGACAUUGUCGCUAUCGAAACAGCGCAGAACUUCAAGGUCGCUGUCGAGAACUGGAACAUCGGCGUCGCCCGGUGGCUCAAGCUCUACGUUUACCAUCGUGUCGCGCCGGGCUCGUCGUUCAUCAACGUGUUGGCAACCAACGUGGCCGGUGCCAUCUGGCACGGCUUCUACCCGGGCUACUACCUCGCGUUCCUUCUCGGCUCGUUCUGCACCCAGUUCUCGCGCCUCGUCCGCCGCAAGCUCCGGCCACACGCGCUGGCGGCUGGAACGUGGGUCAAGGCUGGCUACGACACCGUCGGUUGGGCCGGCUCGGCGCUCAUUCUCGGCUACGGCUCUGUCCCACGCUUGACGUAUGGAGCGCACUGCACCACUGCGUCCCUUGGCUCAUCUUCCCGGGCCUGGUCCUGCUGA